AUGUUUUUCAACAAGUUGGCCAUUGCCUCGGUUUCCCUUGGCCAACAUCCAUCUCAUUCCCUCGACCGCAAAAUCCUGGCUGCAUCCCAAGCUGGAUUCCAAGGCAUAGAAAUUGUUUUCUCUGAUUUAGAUUUUUACUCUACAUCUAACAAUCUUUCUAUCUUGGAGGGUGCGGAUAGAAUCAAAUCCCUGUGCAGCCAGAAGGGGCUUGAGAUCAUUUCAUACGCGCCCUUUGAGAACUAUGAGGGAGACAGGUCCCCCUUGAAUGAUCGACUGCAGACGGCUGCUCUCUGGAUUGAAGUUGCCCGAAGACUUCAUGCACCCUAUCUCCAGGUUCCUUCUCAUUACGGAACUGAUCCCAUUGGAGAUGAAACUGUGAUCGUGUCAGAGUUACGACAGCUAUCCGAGCUUGGCAGUUCAAGACAGCCACUGGUCUCAAUUGCGUACGAGGCCCUCUCUUGGGGAACUCAUUGUUCCACAUGGGAAGAUUCUUUGAAAGUCGUCAAUGCAGUCGACCGAGAUAAUUUUGGAUUAUGCAUUGACAAUUUCCACGUUGUGACAAAAGUAUGGGGCGACGCCUGUGCUUUGUCUGGCAAGUUCCCCGAUGCCGACCUACGACUUGCGGAAACACUUCGCAGAUUUGUAAUGGAAUGUCCUAUGGAGAAGAUCUUUUUCAUUCAGCUUUCAGAUGGAGAGAAGUUUGAUCCUCCAUUCUCGAAGGCUCAUCCAUGGUACUUGGAAGGCGAAGCAACACAAUUUACAUGGUCAAGACAUGCCAGGCCAUUUCCAUUAGAGAAGGACUUGGGAGCUUACAUGCCCAUGACCGAGAUUGCCAAAGCCUGGUUUGUGGAUAAAGGAUAUGAAGGAUGGGUUUCUCUUGAAACCUUUGACCACCGAAUGCGUGACGAAGCCAAUGGACCGGAAGACUCUGCUCAGAGAGGUAUUCAGUCAUGGCAACGAUUGCAAAGAAAUCUCAAGAAGACAACAGAGAAGCUCUGA